GAGAAAAUUGACGGGCUACCGACUCCAUCGUCUUCAAUCGUCAACUUCGUUUCCGACACCACCCACCUACGGCAAAUUCAACAGGCAUCCUGUCAAUACCGUCAAAAUGGUGAACAUUCCCAAGACCAGAAAGACCUACUGCAAGGGCAAGGACUGCAAGAAGCACACCCUGCACAAGGUCACGCAGUACAAGGCUGGCAAGGCCUCCCUGUUCGCCCAGGGUAAGAGGCGUUACGACCGGAAGCAGUCCGGAUACGGUGGUCAAACGAAGCCUGUCUUCCACAAGAAGGCCAAGACGACCAAGAAGGUUGUGCUGCGUCUUGAGUGCUCCCAGUGCAAGACCAAGCUGCAACUGGCCCUGAAGCGAUGCAAGCACUUUGAGCUGGGUGGUGACAAGAAGACCAAGGGUGCUGCUCUGGUUUUCUAAGCGCGGUAAUCGAACGGCUACUUGCUUUUUGUCUUGGGUCAUCCACAUCUUCUGGUCUGCGGCCGAGCAUCCACGACACAACAUUCUCACGACUUUUCUACCUACAAAUCAAACGGCAGACGGUGGUCAUUACGGACGGGUCCUUCGGCGCAAGGAUAAAAAUGCGUGCAUUGCCUGCUUUCGGGUCCUCGCGGUUGCUGUGAGGAGGCUUCAGUACAUAGGGAAGAUGGAAUACAGUUCCAUGUGGUACUGAUUUGAUUUGAAAUGGAAGUCCGACCGUGCUGUGAGACAAAUGUGCAGGUUCACGAGAACGCAGUGAUUUGAAGCCCAGCGACCGAGAAGAGACAAUAAAAAAGAGUCGAGCCACC